AGCCAAUUGAAAUUUACUGGCCUGUAAUGUACGACCACAAUUCAAACUGAUUAGCUCCUGCCGAUUCAGUGGUAACUAAUUACUUCGCUUAUAGAUGGUCAGAUUUUUAGGUCUAUUUUAUUUUCUUGAUGGGUCUCCUUUUUUCCUGAGCGUGACCUGGCUUUGAGCUUCUCUAGUAAGCUUGAUUUUGGUUUCAUCCAUAUUGAUUUCUUAACAAAUAUAUUGACAUUAAUAAUUGCACAUAUAGAUAAAACAGGGUUAAUGAAACCAAAACAAUGAUGUUUAUACUGUAGAUGCAUUUUGCCAAUGGGAAAAUUAAAUUCUUGUAAUGUCCUAUACAUAAUCUUUAUAUGAGAUGUGUAUAUAGCCGUUAAGGGACACUCAGGUAAAUUAACCUUCAAUAAAUAUAGGUAUGCUGGACAUAGGUAUAUUUGUAGCCAACGAUCAAGUUGUUUACAUAUCUAUGUAUUACAGCACGGUACAUAUCGGCGGGAGACGUUCCAUUCAUUAAAGUUGCGAUAGUACAUAUUUCUAAAAUAGUUUGAGAAGCCAAAAAGGCUGGUGUGGUCUCUUAUUAGGAAUUAAUUCCACUGGCAGCAAUAGGUCAAAUUUUGAAAAUAAUUUUACGAUGAAUACUGGAAGGCUUGCUGGGAAAGCUGCUAUCGUAACAGGCGGUAGCAGUGGAAUAGGACAAGCAAUUUGUCGAGUAUUUGCAAAAGAAGGUGCCAGUGUUGCAGUUCUUGAUAUCGACAAGAUCGGGAUUGAAGAAACAGUGAAAUACUUACCUACAAAAUUUGGAAACAAACAUUGUUUUAUCGAAUGCGAUGUUAGCUUGUCAGAAGAUGUUGCAAAAGCGUUCAAAAUAGCGGAAGAGAAUCUCAACAAAAAAGCGUCAAUUUUAGUUAACUGUGCCGCCAUUUUGAAAUCAUGCUUUUUUAACGACAUACCCGAAAAAGACUUUGAUGAGAUUAUCAAAGUCAAUUUAACUGGAGUUUUUCUGAUGUCAAAAAAAUUUAUAGCAUCAAUGAGCAAUGAAACGAAUGCUGGGAAUAGGGGAUCAUUGAUUAACAUUUCAAGCAUUGCCGGAAUCAGAGGAAGUUUUCAAGCUGGCAGUUAUUGUGCGUCAAAGUUCGCAGUGGUUGGAUUGACGAAAACAAUUGCAUUAGAGUAUCCAAAGCAUAAAGUUCGGUGCAAUGCCGUUUUACCAGGUGGAAUUGACACACCAAUGCUAGCCGGAUCUUGCGAAAACAUCGGCGAAAGAUUCAUAUCCCAAACACCGAUGCAGCGACUUGGUAAACCAGAAGAGGUCGCUAACGCUUGUUUAUUUUUAGCAUCAGAAGAAAGUUCAUAUGUAAACGGAGCUUGUUUGGAAGUUACCGGAGGAUUUCGUUGUUGAAAAACUCGUAUAGAUAUCUCAUAAUUCGAACACUUGUAUAAGAUAUAAAUGAGAUGUUUUUACAAUAUAUAUCUGUAAAAAGCGUCCGUAUUUUUUUGAUUGUAAAUUACAUUCAACGUGUUGCCGUUUAAAUAAGUCUUUUUAAGGGGCUAGUUUCGCACAUAAUCGAGUUUAUUUUUUUUCUAAACUUCUUUUAUCAGAAAUUCAGAUUGCCAGAUGUAACCUUAAUAUUUAUAAAUUGACCCGAAAAGCAUGAAAUGCCAAAUUAUAAGAAAUUAGUGUACAUUGAUUUUCCUCAAGAUAGUUUAGAUAUUGUGUUUCAUCAGAAUGCUUAGCAAAAUAAUCUUAACAGACUGUAUCGAUCCUUUCUUUUCAGCAAAGACUGAACUUAUCAUCGACAAUUUUAUUUUGAUCGUUGACUGAUAGAAUUUGUUGACAUAUUUGUUGGCUGCAAUAAUAUAAAAUUAGAUCAAUAUUUUAAAAUUGUCAAGAUUUUUAUAGAUAUAUACCAAUAGCUGGAGUAACCCAAUACAAUUGAACACAA